AUUGAAAAAAGGUGUGUGAUUUCCAUGUGAUGGGCUUUCUGUGAAAUUCAUUCUUUUAUACAUGUGAUGAACUACCAUUCAAAACAGAUGAAUUAUUAAUAUUUAGCCACAGUAGCUAUGCCUUUAUAGCUAUCAGCUAAUAUAAUAUCAAAGAAACGUAACCAUGUCAAAACUUCCAAUUGACAGAGGCUGGGCCUUUGUCGUGGUCGUAGGCUUUUUUACUUCAUCGUUCAUCAUGGUAGGAACUGCUAAAUCCUACGGGAUAAUUAUGGUUGAGCUUAUCAAAAAAUUCAGCAUCGACAAGGCAACAGGUGCCCUAGUUAUGGGGAUCUCAGGAGUAGUGUAUACCAUCUUAGCACCCUUUUGUGUGGCUUUCGGGGAACAUUUCACGCAGAGGAAGGUGGUAAUCCUGGGCAGUCUGGUGGGCUUUGUUAUGAUUGCUGUGGCCUCUCUCCUGGUCAACAUCGAGUUCUUCAUCUUUUUCUAUGGUGUAGGCACAGGACUGGCCAAUGCUUGUUUCUUUGGAAAUGGUCUGGUCAUGGUAGGGAUGUACUUCAAGAGGUGGCGCUCACUGGCGACAGGAAUAGCUUUGACAGGUGCCAGUGUGGGUACCUUUGUUUUACCGAUUCUUCUUGAGGCACUAUUGGAGACAUACUCACUAUCUGGUGCUAUACUGGUUGUGUCGGCCAUUUAUCUCAAUGGUUGUAUCUGUGGUGCUCUUUAUCGGCCUUUGUCGUUUUACAUCAAAAAAAGUACGUCAGAUCAAGAGAAACUGCCCAUAGUAACGAAAGAACCGGAACCUAAUGGACUUAAUGAGACAGGAACAGAGAAAAUUCAGACUGAAAAAGUUAAGGUGGAAGAUGAACAGGACGAGGACGAAGGAGUGAAGAAAGGUCUUCUAGAAGAAAGUCAGAUAGAGGAGAGUAAAACUGAACAAGUCAGUCAACCACAAAGUCCCCCAGCCAAACCUGUCUGGACUUUUCACAUCUGUGGACGAACGGUGGAAUUCCCAGUGAUAUUUCACUUCGGGGUGCUUGCAUUACCUGUGGUAGUGUUUUUUACUGUGUUCAGUUUUCUAGUGUUCGUUGGAUAUUUUAACUUUGUCUUAUUUUUACCGAUAGAUGCAAUGGAACGUGGAAUUACUCAUUAUGAGAAGGCUGCUCUGGUCUCCUAUACUGGGGCUGGAGACCUGUUGGGUCGAAUCUUAGUAGGAGUUAUGGGUGACUUAACAGUAAUCAAGCGAUAUAAAAUCCUAGCCACAUGCUCCAUACUGUGUGGGGUGAAUAUUAUCCUGUUUGAGAUUGCUGGCUCAGUUUACUGGUGGAUGUCCCUACAUGCCUCUCUGUAUGGGUUCUUUGGAGGAUGCUUUGUGGCUAUAAAUAGCAUUGUCCUCAUUGACAUGGUGGGGCUGGAGAUGAUGCCUAAGGCCUUGGGUGUAGUUCUGUUGAUCCAGGGACUGGGGGCUGCUAUUGGUCAGCCGAUAGAAGGCAAAAUUCAAGAUGUAACUGGGUCCUUCACAACUUUGAACAUCAUCAAUAGCAUCUUUAUGAUAGCUGCAGGAUUGCUUCUCUUUCUGUAUCCUCUGGUCAAGCGGUUUCAGAACAGGUCAUCAAGACAGGCAGAAAACAGGGAGGUUGAAAUCCCGGAGGAAGCAUCGUGAUGUACAUAAAAAUAUGUUGCAGCGUUAUUGUCAGUGGGUAUCCAGAUUGUUAAACAGCUUCCACAAUUAAGUGCCAGGGACAGAAAAGACAGGGAUAAUUAGUUGGCUUUAUUUUUAUACAUAAGAUAGAGAUAAUAUCUAUGAGUUUACAAUACAAUACAUGAUUCUGCAAGUGCUUGUUGGGAAGUUUUUGACAUGCAUUUAACAGGAACACUAUAUAUAUAGUAUUCACCUGUUGAAUGCUCUCAUUAUACUUACAUAGAUUUAAAGGUAAAUUAAUAAUUAUAUAUUGUUUAAUACUUGUACUUAUAUUUUUAUUGGCCCAAAAUAACUUCAUUCUGCAUAUAUUUGUGAUGCCAUAAUUAAGAUAAUAAGUGAUGCUCAUUAUCUUCCUAAUAUUGGCCUUGUUGAUGUUUUAUCAGUUUGUACUGAUAAUGGAAGUUCAGUACUUGUUGGUACUCACAUGGAGAGGGGAUUUUGGUGAGAAAAAAGCUGUCUGUCAUAUUGUUCUUCAUAACAACUUUAAUCUUGGUCAAAUUUUUAAAUAAGAAAAGAUAUCAGGGUUCUCCACAUUUGAAAAUUUAACCAUGGAGGAAGCUGCGCGAAGGUGAAAUGUGAGCAAAAUGCGUGCUAGACUUCCUAAUCUUCAUUAAUCAAUGAUUGGUUUUGAUCAGGACUGAAAUGCAAUUCAUAUGUAAAAUUUAAUCAUGGCGGCUGCCGAUUUUAACCAU